AGGGGGAAAAAGGAUAAUGUUCUUAGCUUGGGACUAGAUGUCCUGCAGGUGCAGCCUGGGCUUGCACUGUCUCAGUAGUCGUGCCUUGAGACUGAAGAAGGUCUUGCCUCAUUGAACAAGUGCCUCUGUCUUUGUCCUUGAAAGGUUGAUGUAUUGUUGGAUGUUUUAGAUAAACUACUGAACUGAGGAAAUCAGGAUCUGUAUUUCAAACACUGUUAAAAAUAGGUGUCUUUUUCUGCUGUGAGGCUUGGACUGCUAGCUUGUCAAGUUUUUAAGACAGGAAUAGGAGUUGCACAUUUCUUUAAAAACACAAAAACCCUGUUGAAGAUGUUGCUCUGGUUCCAGCUUCGGAGUGAUGAAGCAAAGUCUUCAGCUCUUCAGUGUACAAAUUUCAUAAUAGCUGUCACUGGCUACCCUCUGUUUUUCAUAAGAAAAUAAGUUUUUAUUCAGCUCGUGGAUGUGAGAACUGUAGCAAAAAUGGAAAGUUGGCAUUCUGAACAGUUUCUAAGGGCAAGGUAUUUUUUCUUCUGCCUGUUGCAGUGGCAUAUGGUCCUUGAAAAGGCACCUGCCAUGAGUCCAGGUGACCUUGGUUACUGCAGGAAAGCAGAUCACAAAGUGGCAAGUCAGCAUGAUGAAAGAUUAUUGGAAGAUUAGCAUAAUAAAAACUGCAGGCUCUGCUGAGGAGGAUCAGAAUGGGUUUAGGAUGUUUAUAAUUUAGACUGCUGCACUUGUGUUUUUGUUGAGCGUGGACACAUCUUACCCAAAGGGCUUUGUUAGGCCCAUUGAUGCUGUUAUGAAGCAGGUUAAUAAUGUUGAAGGAUAAAAGCCAGCUAGCUAAAUCCUUAAGCAUUUUAGAUUAAGAUUCCUUAGCACCAAGGUGUGUAAGAAAUUCUAGUGAGCAAUUUUAGCUUUUCUUUUUUUCCUAUAUUUUGAUUACUUCUAUUGCCUCCUUUUCUGCUUCAGCCUGCAGAGAGAAGAGCAAAUGAAGGAACCUGCAGUGCAGAGGUGGUGGUAGCAGUUUUGCUGCCAGAGGUGGAGCUGCCCUUGAAGUGGAUUUGGGGGUGGGUUGGGCAUCUUUCUCUGGAUUAAGGGUGCACUAGGAGCGUGUGUUACAGAGAAGCUUGUUUCCAAGAUCCUCUGAAGAUGUCUGCAAUGGUACAUGUGCCAACAGGAAUGCUCAUCCUCUCCUGGAGAACUAAUAACCCUGCAGUGGCUGCAGCACAGACUUGUACAAAACCACCUCCCUUUUGCUUUUGCAAAGUGUGACUGAGUUUCAUCUCUGGGGUUUCUUCCUUACUUCCUACAAUAAGGACCUGGCUUCCCUUCUGCAGCACAAGCACGUGUGAAUUUCUGUGGUUCCAGCCUGGCUGGUUUGUGUUUGCCAGAGUUGAUUAGACAGAGUAGUGAUUAAGCUCUCCAAAUAAUCCACCUCCAGUUAAUAAAAUGUUGCUGGAACCCUGAAGGAGCUGAGGAACAUUGGUUUUGUCAUUCAUUUUUUUGAGUAAUUUGUGUAGCCCUGGCCGCUAUAUUCAGGCAAAUGUCAGUGAUUGUGAAAAGCAGGCUUGAUCUGUGGCUUGCAAGGUUGCUUGAGCUGGAGGGAGCUAUUAGGCUGGCAAGUGGACAGGAUAUCAUGUGAUCCUUGUAAUCAAAUGAACAGAUGCAGCCAGAGGAAAGCUACAGCUGUUCCUGCAGCUCACAAGCCAAAAGUUAACAUAUACUAUUGUGCAAAAUGCCAGGGCCAAAUUCACUGUUGGCAGGGGGAAGCUACUCUUGGAAGAUUAAGGAACAGCAAAGCUGAAGUUAUUUGAAAUAUCUGUGUUUCUUAAAUCCCUGAUGUGCUUUUGUAAGUAAAUUGAGGAGGGGAUUGUACAAGCCAGCAGUGUAUUGUUUUGCAUCAGCGUGUCAGUUGGCUGCUGGUGAGGCAGUAAUAGAUAAACUGUUUAGUGAUCAUGAGGAAUAGUGCAUUGUUCUCAGUGUUUGACAGGCCAUCAAAAUGCCAUUUUAGUGUUUUAUAAACUCCCAUUUUCAUAAAUGGCUCUUGUCUGCUCAUUUUCUUACCAGGCUGCAUGUCUUGCAGCCCUAGGAAGGAGGAGAUAGAUCUUUAAAAGAAACUGCAUUCAGUAGCUGUCCUGUGCUACAUAAGUCUGCAAAACAUGUGAAUAGGAUGUUGUAGACCUCUUCACUGACUACCUGAGUGUCCUUAGGUAAUGCUUUGUUGUUGCUGACUUAACCACUUCCCAGCUGAAUCUUAGCCCAGGUACAAUAUUUGCUCUUGCAGAGGGAUUAAUUAUUGAAAUCCUGGAUGGACGCAACUAGAGACGAGCUUUCAAAUCCCCUACAAAUUGUCUUCCUUGCUUGUGAAGAGGGCAGUAAUUCCCUCUGGUAGAUGCAAAGAAGCAUAGGACCCAGCUGCCUUGGAAAAUUCAUCUUUCUUCAAUAAUUUAGAAGUUCCCAUCACUGUCCGUGGAAGCUCCUGUGCCACUUGGAACACAGCAAGGCAUCUGGCACAGGAUAUUUUGGGACAGAAAGGCUUCAUUCACCCACAGUCACAUCCCUGUCUUUGACCAUGAGUUGCCCUGAGUCUCAAAAGACUGGGAUUGGUGGGAAGAAUGCUGAUUCUCCUCAAAAACAAGUUAUCUUCAGAAAAAGCACCCGUGACAAAGCUCUGACCAUCUACCUGGGAAAGCGGGACUACAUUGACAACAUAGGGAAUGUAGAACCUGUAGAUGGUGUUGUAUUGGUGGAUCCUGCUAUUAUCAAGGGGAAGAAAGGUUUGAGAUUUUAUGCAAUGUAUUUCUCAGAAAUUGUUUGUCUUUCUGAGCGAGAUGCUAAGGUAGAGCCUUUGAAGGGUACAAAUGUAACUCUCUGCCUCAGUGAGUGGGCUUCAUGGGAACAGUACUCACUGGGUUAUGCAAGUGUUGAAAUGAGUUCCCAUGUCUCCCUGAGGCAGGAGGUGUCCUCAUCCCAGCCUGGCUUCACCGUUUUCCUGCUGCCUGUUUCACCUGUCCUGUGCUUCUUCCCAGUGUUUGUGUCCCUGACCUGCGUGUUCCGCUACGGCCAGGAGGACAUCGACGUGAUCGGCCUCGCCUUCCGCCGGGACCUGUUCUUCUCCAGGGUCCAGGUGUACCCGCCUGCUGACAAGCCAGAGUCUCUCACCCUCUUGCAGGAAUCUCUGCUAAAGAAGCUGGGGAAAAAUGCUUAUCCCUUUUUCUUUACAUUUCCAGAUUACCUGCCUUGCUCAGUCUGUCUGCAGCCUGCACCUCGUGAUGUUGAUAAGACUUGUGGGGUGGAUUUUGAGGUGAAAGCUUUCUCAACAGAAAAUGUGGAAGAGAGGAUUCAUAGGAGGAACUCUGCACGUCUGCUGAUCCGUAAGGUGCAGUAUGCUCCGGAGAGCCCAGGACCCCAGCCUUGUGCAGAGACCACCUGGCAGUUCUUCAUGUCCAACAAGCCCCUGCACCUGAAAGCCUGCCUCAGUAAAGAGGUAUACUACCAUGGUGAGCCCAUUCCAGUCACUGUCACCAUCAACAACAACACAGACAAAACAGUGAAGAAGAUCAAAGUCCAGGUGGAGCAGGUGGCCAAUGUGGUGCUGUACUCCAGUGACUUCUACACCAAAGUGGUGGCUGCUGAGGAAGCACAUGAAAAGGUGCAGCCAAACAGUAGCCUGACCAAGACACUGACAGUUCUGCCCUUGCUUGCAAAUAACCGGGAGACACGGGAAAUAGCUCUGGAUGGAAAACUGAAGGAUGAGGACACCAACUUGGCUUCUAGUACCAUCAUUAAGGAUGGAAUAGACAAGACAGUGAUGGGGAUUCUGGUUUCCUACAAGAUCAAAGUGAAGCUCACAGUUCCAGGCAUACUGGGAGACCUCACUUCCAGUGAAGUGGGCACAGAGCUGCCAUUUCGUCUCAUGCACCCCAAACCUGAGGAAAAGAACCCAGCAGAUGGCUUUGCCCUCUCCAGCUGUCUGUGAGCAAGCUCUGAAGCAUUCAUCACUCAGUAAACAGCAGGUCUGUCACAGUGCAUGGCUAUUGCAGAUCGCUUGAUCUUUCUUCCCUGUGCCUGCAGGAGACAGAAAACAAGCAGCUCUCUACCUUUCCUUCCCCAUGUUUAUUGCUUCCUUCUCUUGAUCUUCAGCAAGGCCAGGAUUUGCAUGUUUCAUGUGUGCUGGUUUUGUGACUGUUUUUGGACCCAUGUGGUUCACAUGCGGUUAUUUUUAGGCAAAGCAGCUCCUGUCACAUUGGCAGUCUGUCUGUUCUGCCUGUUGACAAAAAAUGUGCAAGGAUCUGUUUCUUUUAAAGAUAGAUUCAAACUGGGCUGUGUCUCUUCAUGCUUCAAGACCUUUCCUGGUCAGCAGUUAGCCCAGAAGUUCCUGCUGAGUUUUCCUCAAGACUGUGGUCUCAGCAUGAAUUCUUUGGUCUGGGGUUUUCCUGACAAUCUUCUGAUGUUUUACGUUUUGUGGGCCUAUGUCUUGGACACUGGCCUUUGUUUUGGCUGUUGUUCAACAAAUGGUCAUUUAUCUGCUCCCUGAUUAAACUUGCACAAAAGGGCUGUUUUCAAGAAACCCAGGAAUGCUUUGUCCCUCUAACAGUAAAGUAAAGGAAUACUUUCCCUGUUUUGGUAUUGUGACUUUCAGAAAUUAGGACAUUUUAAAGCACUGAAUGUCUUGGAAAAUAACAAAACCCACUCUCUUUUUCUUUUCUCCCCUAUCAAGUUAAGAGAGGUUAAAAGAAAGUUUAUACUGAAAAUUACCACAUGUUAUGACUUUAAUUAUAUGGAAUAAUUUCUGUGGCUGCAUAAUAAAAGAUUCCAGAAAACCCUCCCCUGAGAGGACGAUAGUAUUCUGGACCCUCAUCAAUCCCCCUCCUAUCCCAACCCUCAAAACAAUUGCUGGAAUGCUAAUUAAAAGAAGCAAAAGUCUACCCAAUUUCUGAGAAUUUUUCAAUAUUAUAAUAUUAAAUAAGCCACAGGACAGCCAGAAAACUCUGGAGUGGACCUAACUCCUGCUAGCAUGCAAUUGGAGCAUGUUGGAGUUAGUGUUACAGCCUGAAGGUGCAGUGGUGCAUCUUUGAAUGUAAUCUUCCAUCUGAGGUACAUCAUAAGCACUACUCUGCUGCCACACUAUCUGUGUAUUGACUCAGUAGUCAUUUAUCUGACAGUUAAGUAUAUGCCCAAUUGGAACAAUAUCUAUUUCCCCCCUCACUCCAUUUUGUAAAAUCAGUUUCAGAUCACUGGUGGGGAUCUUGCUCAGCUUCACCCACAUCUGAUAUCACUGUUCCCACAGUAAUGAAAGUACCUCCAAGAAGGGAAAGAGAGCAGACUAAAGGAGAAAAAAUGGAAUGAGAAUGAUGCUUUAUAUGUUGGAAAUUUUAGAAGUUCUAAAUGUUUCAUUUGAAAUCCAUGUCAAUCAAGCAUACAUGCCCUGAGACUUUCCAGACUUGAUCUUGGCUUCUGUCCUGGUCUGGAGAGAUUCCAUCAGGAGUGUCUUUACAUGAGCCAUCCUUUGAGGCAUUUUGGCUGGAGUGGCCCCCUUUGGCAUACUUUUAAUGCUGACUUUUCCAGCAGUGUGUGUUGUGGAUGGGAAGUCUCCAGGUAGUGAGUUAUCCAGUCACUAAAGUGCCCCAGAUUUUUGCUUCUGUAGAACAAGGGUGCUUUGCUCCCUGACCCAAAGCCAUGAGAAAUAAGCUAGUUAAGUGACUAUGCCUUCCUAAAAUAACUGUGAGAACAAUAAAAUCCCUGCAAAUACAGUCUCCUGCUUAUUUUAGGCUGUGUUGAAACAGCUUUCAAGGAGUCCUGCUAGUAAUCAGGAUUUGUUAUAGUGUGGUUAGGAAAGAUCCCACUAAAGAAACACAAAUGCCAAAAGUCUUGAAACCAUUUUUAGGGCAAGAUGAAAUCAGGAGUGUUGCUCCAAAAGCCUUAACCCAUCUGAUGAGAGAUCCCUGAGGUGUUCCUGUACUUUGACCUCUAAUUUUAAUGCCUUCAUGUUUAUUGAACAAAAGCAUUGUCUUCUCAUCUAAGCUGACUUCUUCAGUCACAGUGAUAGAGCAAUUAAAGCUGACAUCAUGUCAUGCAAGCACUGUCAGCUCAGUCCAGGUGUGUGCACAGAUGUCUCUCACAGCUGUGACCAUGAGCAAGUGUUGAUGGGAAAAUCUGUCUUUGUUCCGCAGCCCUUCAGAUAGCUUGGGCAGCGUUGCUGGAAUGCUUUUCCAUUUGGGAGAUCAAGAUUUGCCUCAUCAGGUGUAGUUAUGCACAUUUUGAGAAUUUCUGGAAUUCUACUUGUACUGCUGCAAAUCCUCCUUCUUGUCACUGC